ACACGUAAGCUUUCAUCAUUCGUCUCAUCUCUCUCUCACCACCACCUGCUUUCUCAUUCGCUUUCUGCCACUGUACUCUUUUCAUUCACACGCCAUUUCACCUUCAGAGAAGAGUGAAACAGCUUGAGACAUAGCGUGACCAAGUGGUUUUCCUACACAGAUUAUACUGCAUAAUCACCAUAAAUAUCUAUCUAAAGUUUUUCAGGAGAGAAGUGACAGAGUAGGUGGACAGGGAAAAAAGUACUUAUUUGUUGGAUUCUAAUUGUUUAAGAAGAUUUUUAAGAGUUUUCUUUAUUUACGAAUAAAGUGAGAGUAUGAUUUGCAGUACAAGGCAAAAAAAAGUCUGCAUGGGGAUGUUAAAAUGUAUCAACCCAAUCCCUCCUAUUAAAAAACAUCUCGAUACUAUAUUUUUUUUAUAUAAAAAAGACUUUCUUUUUCCUAUAAUAAAUAGAACAUUCUAAAAGUUUAUUAAACCAUUUAAAAGAAGGUAAAAUUUGGUCUUUUUUACUAUGUCCUAUGGACUAAAACAACAUACUCAACAUGAGAAAUUGCCUUCAAACUUGAUUACUAACGUUUUUGUCAUGCAAAAUAAACCCCUUAUUACGACUUAUGCUUCACCAACAAGGAAGGUUUUUGUUACUUACUAUACGUGCCAAGAGUGAAGGCACCAAAUGAUACUUAAUGAUUCAGAAUAUUUUAUUAGUUUUCUUCUUCUUGUAAUCCGUGUGACACGUUUUUUAGUGUUUGAGAAUGAUCUAAUGUCUCACAUCGACAAAAUCCUUAUCUUUACACCGUCAUUGAGUUCCUCCAUAACACGGUUGAAGAAUGCCUUGCCGUUUGAUCAGUUGAUAGUAGUAGUUUGAGGUUCGUUGUUUUCUCUGGUCGUUUAAAUUUUCUAUGUAAAGGAACAGUGAGUUAGCCAUUUUUAUAAUUUUAUUUUGUGCACGAAGUUCUGAUUAGUUUCCGCACAAUCUGCGUGGUUGCCGAAACUAGUCCAUUUUUUUCCCUGAAAGCAGUGCCAUGGUUUCACGGGACAACUUUUGACUUCAUACGAAUAAAAUGAAAAAUUUGUCCUGAGCUCACUUUGGUCCGUGAGCAAGUACCAUGAUUGAUAUUUCAUAUUGAUAAACACCAUUUGACCCUUAACUUGCAACUAUAGUAGUAGCAUCUCUUUAAUAUUAUAAGCUCAAAAACAGGUUUGGCAUCUUGCCGUGAAAUGUAUGCAAUUGCAUGCCAUGCCAUGCCACUUGCUGGUAUUGGUACAUGAAAGCUCAUUAUUAGCCAAAUGCAAACAACAGCCACUUUCCCUCAUGCUGGCCCAUUUCAUUAUAAAUGCCAACAAUCUCUCUCACUUCAGUACCUGAAUUGAGACUACAAUUCCACACACCCAUCUUCCCAUUUCAGAUAAUAAUACAAGACCUUCUCAUUCUGCACUCACAAAAUUUGGCUCUCAUUUCCUCCAUUUGCUGUUUUUUAUUCUUAUUUUGUUAAGGGAAAAAAAUGGUAGAAAGAGAAGCAGGUUCUGAGAGCUCCAAAAUGUGGACUGAACCAAAACAUCAAGCUACUGAGCUCAGAGUUCCAGUAAUUUACUACCUUUCCAGAAAUGGCCAGCUCGAGCAUCCACAUCUCAUGGAUGUUCCAAUCUCAUCUCCACAAGGAGUGCUAUGUCUUAAAGAUGUGAUAGAUAGAUUGAGUUUUCUCCGGGGACAAGGAAUGACCGCAAUGUAUUCUUGGUCUACAAAAAGGAGUUACAAAAACGGGUUUGUGUGGCAAGAUUUGUCUGAGAAUGAUUUCAUUUACCCGAGUGGUAGCCAUGAGUAUGUCCUGAAAGGAACACAGAUGAUAGAAGCUUCUUUGAGCUUUCGAUCCUGUGAGACAAUAUCAACAUCAAGCUCCAAAAGUUCGACAGAAGCAAACAAUUCUAGCAUGGAUGCAGAUUCCCCUGCAACCGUAAAGGGUAGAAGCCAAUCAUUUAACUCGAGUGAUUACAAGUUUUACAGGGCAAAGACGUGCGAGGAGUUUGCAGGGAAAGCCACCAAUGCCUCGACUCAGACAGAGGAGAAGCGUAGGGAAAGGAUAAAAUGGGAGAAAGUAGAAGAAUGUAAAGGAACUGAUGAUGCAAGGGUUGGUGAAAAUGAAGGAUCUUUACGAUUUUCAAGUUCUAGUUUUGGAGCGUUGGAAGGGUCUUUGAAGGGUUACGAUUCAGCAGACAUCAGAAACCAGAGGGUUGAGAAUGAACGUCCAAGUGGGAGGAUCAAGGCUUCAGAAGUUCUCAUGCAGUUCAUCAGAUGUGGAUGAUGUCAAAGGUUCAUGAGUACGAAUUAGGAACUGUUAAUCACUCAAAUUGGUAUGAUUAUGCUGCUUCUAGUUCAGUUAGAAAUGGAACAAUGAGUUGAGUGACUUGUUGCCAUUGAAACAUCUAUCCUUUGUGUUGUCCCUUUAAUCAAAUUAGACAUGUGAUGACAUGAAUUAUUGCUC